CGUUUCCCCCCCGGCCCCCCCGUUCCCAUCCGGUGGGCGACGGCGUCACCGUGCGGCGGCUCCGGGCAGCGCCCGCGCCCCCCGACACCGGGAGAGCGCUGCGCUCCCGCUUCCCGGCAGCGUCGCAUCGCCGCCUCCCGGCGCUGCCCGGUGUCCCGGCAUCCUCACAUCCUAUCCCGGCAUCCUCACAUCCCAUCCCGGCAUCCCUGCGUCCUCCCAGCCCGGCAUCGUGGCAGCUGCAUCCGUGCUGGCCGGCAUUCUCCCGUCGCUGCUCUCUCCAUUCCCGAGUUCUCCCAUCCCUGCAUCCCUCCAUCCUUCCGUCCCUGCAUCCCUCCAUUCCCGAAUCCUCCCAUCCCUGCAUCCCUCAAUUUCCGAGUUCUCCCAUCUCUGCUCCCUCCAUCCUCCCAUCCCUGCAUCCUCCCAUCCCUCCAUUCUCCCAUCCCUGCAUCCCUCCAUUCCCGAGUCCUCCCAUCCCUCCAUCCCUCCAUCCUUCCAUCCCUCCAUCCUCCCAUCCCUGCUCCCUCCAUCCCCGCAUCCUUUCUCCCUCCAUCUUCCCCUCCCCGCACCCUCCCAGCCCCCUGAAGCCCCCCAGAAGAUCUGAGCCGUGACGCCCCGCUUUGGGGAGCACCAGGAGGGCCCUCGGGCAGGCUCAGCCCCGGAGCCGCAGGCUCGGGACCCCCCGUGCCCACCGACCCUCGGCACGGCCGCCCCGCGGUGGGGAUGAGGCGGCGCCGCAGGUAAUGCAGCUGCAGGCAGCUGGCAGCCCCCAGCCCACCAUGCCGACGUCCAAGAGCGAGGGCGAGAGCGAGUUCUGGAUCGAUGGAUCCCACCGGGAGGCGGCUCUGGAAGAUUUCUACGUCGUGGGGCCCGAGCUGGGACGGGGAGCCACCUCGGUGGUGUUCAGCUGCCAGGAGAAGGGCACGGGAGCUCCCUACGCUGCCAAGAUCCUGAAGAAAACGAUUGACAAGAAGAUCGUGAGGACGGAGAUCGGGGUCCUGCUGCGCCUCUCGCACCCCAACAUCAUCAAGCUGAAGGAGAUUUUCGAGACACCCUCGGAGAUCGCGCUGGUGCUGGAGCUGGUGACGGGGGGAGAACUCUUUGACAGGAUCGUGGAGAGGGGGUUCUACAGCGAGAGGGACGCGGCGCACGUGGUCAAGCAGAUCCUGGAGGCUGUUUCGUAUUUGCACGAGAAUGGGGUCGUGCACCGGGACCUGAAGCCGGAGAAUCUGCUCUAUGCUGACCUGUCCCCCGAUGCACCCCUCAAAAUCGGUGACUUUGGGCUCUCCAAGAUCGUGGAUGAACAGGACACCAUGAAAACCGUGUGUGGGACACCGGGGUACUGCGCCCCCGAAAUCCUGCACGGGUGUCCCUAUGGACCAGAGGUGGACAUGUGGAGCGUGGGGGUCAUCACCUACAUCCUGCUCUGUGGCUUCGAGCCCUUCUUUGACCCGCGGGGGGAUCAGUACAUGUACGGCCGCAUCCUCACCUGCGACUACGAGUUCGUGUCCCCCUGGUGGGACGAGGUGUCCCCAAACGCCAAGGACUUGGUGAGGAAAUUGAUUGUUUUGGAUCCCCAGAAGAGGCUGACGGUUCACCAGGCCCUGCAGCACCCCUGGGUCACUGGGAAAGCAGCAAAAUUCGCUCACAUGGACAGCACGCAGAGGAAACUGCAGGAAUUCAACGCCAGGAGGAAACUGAAGGCUGCCAUGAAGGCCGUGGUGGCCUCCAGCCGCUUGGGCAACCACGGCCACCACGACUGCUCCCGCAGCGGCCGCGGCCAGGGGGGACCCCGGGGCCUGGCCCAGCCCACGGGAAACGGCGGCCCCGGGGCCGGCACAGAGCUCAGAACGUUCCAGAGUGACCACCCCAAUGUGGGCCCGGUGGCCCCAUUCCAGAGUGACCACCCUGCCACGUUCCAGAGUGACCACCCCAAUGUGGGCCCGGUGGCCACGUUCCAGAGUGAUCAUCCCACCAAGGGCCCAGUGGCCACGUUCCAGAGUGACCACCCUGCCAUGUUCCAGAGUGACCACCCCAACGGGGCCCCCAUGGCUGCAUUCCAGAGUGACCACCCUGCGAAGGGCCCGGUGGCCACGUUCCAGAGCGACCACCCCACCAAAGGCCUGGUGGCCAUGGCCCAGAGUGACCACCCCACCAUGGUGCAGAGUGACCACCCUGCCACAUUCCAGAGCGACCACCCCACCGUGGCCUCCAUGGCCACGUUCCAGAGUGACCACCCUGCCAAGGACCUGGUGGCAACGUUUCAGAGUGACCACCCCGAUGUGGGCCCGGUGGCUGCAUUCCAGAGUGACCAUCCCACCACAUUCCAGAGUGACCACACUGCCGAGGGCCCGGUGGCCACGUUCCAGAGUGACCAUCCCGCCACAUUCCAGAGUGACCACCCCACUGAGGGCCUGGUGGCCACAUUCCAGAGCAACCACUCCACCAUGGGCCCAACGUCCAUGUGCCAGAGUGACCAACCCACCGUGGGCCCGGUGGCCACGUUCCAGUGACAAUCCCGCCACAUUCCAGAGUGACCACCCCCCCAAAGGCCUGGUGGCCGCGUUCCAGAGUGACCACCCCGAUGUGGGCCCAGUGGCUGUGCCAGGGCCUGCCUGUGACAGUUAAUGGCCCUGCAGGUGACACCACCGAGCCUUGGCCACUGCUCUGGGCCAUCCUCAUGUCCUGUCCUGCCAGGCCCCUCGCUGUCCCUGUGUCUGUCCCCACCACCUGAGGGGACACUGCAGUGACUUUUCUUCCCACUCUGCAGCAGUGGUUUGGGAAGAUGCCAAAAAUCGAGGCACAACCAGGAUUCCUCCCACCUUUCCCUGCAAAGGCAGCGAGUUGUCCUUAAGGGAUUCCUGUAAAUAAUCCUGAAAAUUGUUUUUUUUUUUUUAUUUUUCUGCUGUAGCUGUGACACAUCCAGUGCUGUCACCAGCCCAGCUGUGGGGCUGCUGCUGUGUUAGGAGGGGUUUAGGAGCUCCAAAUAUUCAAUCCUCUCUGGAGAACAGCCCGUGCCAGUGCUCCCCUUGUCAUUCCCCAGCCCUGGGUUGUGUUUUUUGGGUGUGUUCCCCACCUUCAGCCUUGCCGUGGAUCCCUGCUGGUGGUGGUGGGGUCUGGGAAUGCUGGUCCAGCCUCCCCUUGGUGUUCUCGGUCAGAAUUGACACCAUUUUAACACAGGAAUUUGAAUAUUGUGAGAUUUUGCCACAUAACUGCUGUUCCCCGAGGGAGGCCGGUGCAUUUAUACAUUUUAAUUUUUAUUUUUUAAUGAAAACAGCAGACAAACUUCUUGAAAAUGAAUUUUUUUUUUUUUAAAGGCAGGAUAAAGAAUAACCAAACCAUUUACAAAUUUUGAUACAGAGUAAGUCAGCAAAAGCCAUAUUCCAUGUGGGAAUUGCAGGUUGAGCCCCAAGGCAGCAACCAUCACCUGCACCCCCACAUUUUGGGCUUAGAAUGCUGUGUUCAGGGUAAAAAUCCCACCAAAU